UAUGGGUUCUCCUAAAAAUCUUAUUAGCGCCCCUGGGUUUGAGGGUUACAGCCUUUGAGCCGGUCUCAUCUUCGGUUGUAUUUUAAAUAGGAUGCACUUUGUCUUGUGAUGACAGGUGAAUCCAGGGAUCUGACCGACCGCGCCACGCAUGCACCGCUGGAGCGCACGAAUCCAGUCGCACCGCCCUCCUGUCCGCCUGCUGCCGGGAGGAGCAGAGGAGAGAGCAGACCGGAGCGCGGCAUCAAGAGUCACGCUACCUCAGGGAUGUGGCAGCAAUUUCGACGGCUCGAAAUGCCCAACGAAUUGCUCAGAGUUUGUCUUCUGUGAGACCUGAAGGCAAAGAACAAAGCAAAACGCGAGACAGAGAGGGAGGGAGAGAGAGAGAGAGAGAGAGAGAGAGAGAGAGAGAGAGAGAGAGAGAGAGAGAGAGAGAGGGAGAAGAAAUAGAGCGGAGGUGCCGCUGCAGAAAUUUCCAGCGGUGCCUGCCCGCCUGCUUGGGCUGUCGUUCGGGAUCGUGAAGCGCGUCGGGAGCCGGUGUCCGAGUCAAUCCAACCGUCGGGAGAGAGAGAGAGAGAGAGAGAGAGAGAGGCAGAAAUAAAGAGAGAGAAGUCCACUUCCCCACAUAUCCCCCGCUGACACCUGCGUCUGGACCCCAGCUGCAGCCUAUCUGCUGAUGUGGAGCUGACAUACUGCAGUGAGCCUGGGCAUAGGAAGCCUAAGACCUACAGAUCUUAAUGGAAUGCAGCCAGAUAAAUUAUUAAUGUCAAGCCUGGAAGACCCCUGCCACUUUGAUGUGUGAGCACACCCACCAAUAAUGGCCCAUAGGAUACGCAGUGGAAAUACAGCUGAGGCAGACAUGUUCAUGUAUCCCGUCCAGGUCGACCUGCAGACUCUCUCCCACAAACACAUCUGAAUUUAACAAGAUCCCAGUAGUGAGAGGGUGUGCAGCAUGAGGCUGCUGUGGAAAUCCCUGGACAAAAUGAGGUGUCUGAGGAAACGCUCAACCAUCCCCUUCCUCGGCUUCCUCAUCACCUUCCUCCUCUUCCUGAACCUCUACAUCGAAGACGGCUACGUGCUGGAAGAGGAUAAAAGGCAGCUCAGGGAAACAUCAGUCCACCCUCCGAGCUCGGAGCGAUACGUUCACACCUUCAGAGACCUCAGUAAUUUCUCUGGAACCAUUAAUGUCACGUAUCGUUAUCUCGCUGGAACCCCGCUGAACCGCAAGAAGUAUCUGACCAUUGGACUGUCAUCAGUCAAAAGAAAAAGAGGGAACUACCUUCUGGAGACUAUCAAAUCCAUCUUUGAUCAGUCAAGUUACGAGGAACUGAAAGAGAUUGUGGUUGUGGUCCACCUGGCAGACUUUGACCUGGUCUGGUGUGAGAACCUGGUGCAGGAAAUCACCAGGAAGUUUGCUCACCACAUCAUAGCUGGACGCCUCCUGGUGAUCCAGGCUCCAGAGGAGUAUUACCCGUCUCUGGACGGGUUGAAAAGGAACUACAACGACCCGGAGGACCGGGUCCGUUUCCGCUCUAAGCAGAACGUUGACUACGCUUUCCUCCUCAACUUCUGCACAAACCUCUCGCACUUCUACAUGAUGUUGGAGGACGACGUGCGCUGCUCCAGGAACUUCCUGACGGCGCUGAAGAAGGUGAUCACCUCCAGAGAAGGCUCCUACUGGGUGAUGCUGGAGUUUUCCAAGCUGGGCUACAUCGGGAAGCUGUACCACUCCAAAGACCUGCCUCGUCUGGCUCAUUUCCUCCUCAUGUUCUACCAGGAAAUGCCCUGCGACUGGCUCCUCAUCCACUUCAGGGGUCUGCUGGCCCAGAAAGACGUGAUCCGCUUCAAGCCCUCACUGUUCCAGCACAUGGGCUACUACUCGUCUUACAAAGGAGCAGAGAACAAACUGAAGGACGACGACUUUGAGGAAGACUCCAUAGACAUUCCUGACAACCCUCCUGCCAGCCUUUACACAAACAUCAACGUCUUUGAAAACUAUGACGCCGCCAAGGCUUACAGCACAGUGGACGAAUACUUUUGGGGGAAGCCUCCUUCCACUGGAGAUUUCUUUGUCAUAGUCUUUAACAAAUCGACCAAAAUUAGCAAAAUUAAGAUUGCUACAGGUUCUGACGACCGGCAGAAUGACAUUCUUCACCACGGAGCUCUAGAAGUUGGAGAGAAACUGGUUGGGACUAAGAAAGGAAAACAGUGUUCGUCCUAUAUCACAUUAGGGGAGUUUAAAAAUGGCAACAUUGAGGUUCAAGAUGUCGACCACAAGAUUGCCUUCGAAAUCGAGUGUGUACGCAUCGUGGUGACAGCCAGUCAGAAAGAAUGGCUCAUUAUUAGAAGUAUAAGUUUAUGGACUACACAACCUCCCAGCCAAUGAGGACUGUACACAAAGACUCUUAGUAUGUCAUAGAGGCAAAGGUUUUUAUUAUAAUUAUUAUUAUUAUUUGUUAAUGUAUGUAUACCCGGGUUUAUUUAUUCAUUUUGUAUGUAUUUAUUGAUACUCAUUUUGAUUGCCAAAUCAAUCUAUAGUUUUUUAUACCUGCAAGUUGUAACCUUAGUGGAGCAUAUUCCCAGUCAUUCUUAAGGACUGUUCAAAUAACCUCAGAGUUUUCAUGAGCGUGUGUUUUCUUCAGUUUUCCAUAGACCCGUAUUGUUUUCCGUUUUUGAUAGCUAUCCUUAACAUAGGGCUGGGUGAUGAUUCAGUUUUAUCUUUUAUCUUUUUCUGUCCAGGAUGAGGCCUACAAUAUUAUCUUUUGUUUACCGUCAACAAAUCUUAUGAAAAGACCAAAAUCCAAGUAUUGCCAUGAACCCAAAGUCUGAUAUAUCGUAUUCCUCUGUGCCAUGGAACUGCACCGUUAUGAAUAUCCACACGCUGAAGUUUAUUUUUAGUCAACCCCGCACACGGCAUCCUGCUGCGGUAAAUAUUCACUAGAACACCAAAUGUGUGUUAAUCCACCGCUGAAAAUAGUCCCCCAACGAAUUGUAGCACUGUUUACUCCAGUUUUUGGUAAUGUUUGCUAAAAAUUUGGUGCUAAGCUGUUUCAGUAAAUUGCUUAUCCAUAAAAAUGAAACAAUAUAUUUAUGAGGCAUUUUUAAAGAUGUACAGUAUGUCGUAACUAGCAGCUUGGGGCUGACUGCCACAGACAGUAUUGAGGAAUGGACCAACACAGUUUGGUUUUGGCUUUUUUCAUGGUGAUUUGCUGACAGUAACAAUUAUAUAGAGACAUGCCAGCAUUAUGUAUCAGUAGUUCAUUCAAAACUAAGACGUCAAUGAAGGUCUUGUUUGACGUAUUUAGUCCAGUGUAAAGAACAACAGUAAAGAACAUUGCAUUGAACAUUAACUUUUUUUACACUUUAUUUUGCACAAAUCUGUCACAUCAUGAUAUAUCAGUAUCAAUACAUCAAUGGCAAUAUCAUGAAAUUCAUUCACCCAGCCCUAACUUGACAACAUAUUACACAUGUAAGUCAAUAUAGUGGGUGAUGCAAUUAACUAUCACUUAUGAAUGCUUUUGAAGGCUCUUCAGAAAGUUGCUGUAAGGGAGGAAUGAGGAAUGAGGAACAGCAUAGUACUGAUUUAUUACCGUUCAAUUGUUAAUUUCAUUACAAUUGAAGAGGUUCAAUUAAAUCAUUUGAACCACUAAUUACUUAUGAAUGAGGGGACAGGAUAGCUGUUAUGAAGUGUAGCUAAAUCUUCUCCUUGAAACUACUGUCCAAUUAAAGCUAUUGUGUCUUCAGCAACUUUUCAUGACUGAUAUUAAGCCUGUAAAACUGUAGCCCUGGGAUUUCUCUCUGAGAAUGUUCCCAUUUGGCCCUUAAUUAUUUUUCCCCUUGUAAAUGAUCAGAGGUCAAUGUUGCCUUGAAUAUUCGUCAUGUCACGCCCCAACUUUUUUUUUCCUGUUUCAAAUAUUCCUUCCCGGUGUAAUUAUCUUCUCCGUUGUGGUUGAGGUGGGUGUCAUGAGUGGGCUGAGCUCUUUUACUAGCACUGUAUGUUCUGUCCAGGCUGCUGACAGGAGAACAAUGUUUGUUUUCACCCAUCUUCUCCAAGAGCUGAGAUUAGAUUGCACAGUGAAGAAUGGGGCCAGGUCUGCUCUUAGGUCUCUUUUUUUUUCCCUCUCUCCACCACAGCACAAUUUUCCCCUAGUAAAUUGGUCUGUGUUUGCCUCACUCUCUACACCAGCAAAACAACAUCUCCCCUGGAGCUAUAGGAUCUCAAUUCGUUCUUUCCCCAAUGUUGCGUUCUCACAACUCCGAUGUUACUGCUCCUACAUGGUUGCCUCUUUGUGAUCUUUGCCCCCGGUUCAUACAGUCUGCCGCCGCCGCCACUGCUGCUUCUGGAGGAAAAUUUUCCUUGGCUCUCCUUUUCAAAUUCCCCACCUUACUCUGUGUUGUUAAACAGGCUAACAUUUGCAGGAAUUAAUUCUGCACAUGUGAACUCGCCAUCGCCAUGGUGUUCAAAGCGAGUCAGAAACGUGCUUCGAAAAACAAACUCGUCAUUCCCCACGUUCAUGUAAUUACAAUCUGUCGGUGAGCAGCGUUCAGUCUCCCGACAAUGCAAUAAAGAGGUAAAUGUUUACAUAACGCUGACAUUCUUUAGGAACAAGAGGUGGAAACAGAUCGUCGUCAUUGAGCAUGCGACGGCGGUUUUGUGGAGCUUUGUUGCCACCUGUUCCGGGUCCCCCCUCCCCCCGAGGUCUUGUCCGGUGUCACAGAUCGAGACCCUGCACAGAUUGGCUUGUAGCACCAUCUUUGAAAUCCUUCCUCAGCGAAUCUCCCCUGUGCUAUCUGAAAUGAAAUUAGAAUGCCCAGCACCCUCACAAUGUGGCUUAUUGUUUUUCCUCAGCAUUUCCCUGGGAAUGCGGCUAUUCAUUUUGGUGAAUGAUUCUGUGACCUGCAUGGGAUCAGCUCCUCGGAGGGGAUCUUUGCCUUGAAUGGAUGACGCUCGGGAAAAAAAAAAAAAACACAAUCUGCAUUGUGCUGCGUGUGUGGUAUUCUUUAUGACGCACGCCGUGGUGCCAAUUCUGCCCCAGUAUUACCUGCUUACGAGCUAUAAACACAUGAUGUCACCGCAGGGCAGUUAGCUGUUUUACAAGUGUAAUGGAUGGCUUUUGAUACGCCUCACGGCCGAGCCGAGCAAACUGUGUGUUGUGAGUCCGCUGAUAUUUCUGGAGGAGAAAAUCGCUGUCUUGAUCUUUAUUUGAAAUAAGACGCCAGCCAAAACUUGCUGCACGCUGCAGAUUUAUGGACAGAUUUACAUCUUGGGGAUAACAACAACAGCUGCAUAAAUUCUUAGCUAUUGGCAGCAUGCGUGGAAAACCUUGAGCGAACAGUGGGCACAGGAUCGGUUCCACAUUUCACUUCUUACAGCCGCUUUCACCGUCCAUUUGUCAAGAAUCAAAAACACACUGCAUCGACAGAUCCCUGUGAGGAAAAAGGAGGCGAUGAUUUGUUGGUCACUUGAAGGCAGGUAAAUGUCUAAAGUUUGUUUAAUUAUAUUGGCUGUGAGGGUCAAAGUUCAAGUGAUAAAUGUGAAUAUGAUCUGUGGGUCCUGAGUUCUUUGAAAUGUGAGCUGUCUUCUAGUGGAGCAUGUACAAAGUGCAUGAACAAAACUCCUUUUUUUUUGUACAUCAGGAUCUAUGAAUUAAUUGUUCAGCUUCUGCUAAUGAAAUUGUACCUGGGUUCGUACGUAGAAACCUACCGAUACUACCUUACUUAACAGGUUCGGGGUUCACAUGUGCUGUAAUAUUGUUAAGUGGAGCGAGUGUGUUACGAUGUUGUUCCUGUUGUCCGUUUUACUUUCCAUCGUUCUCUAAAUGGUACUGUACUGUAAGAUGACAUAUAUUUUUUUACAUGUAUCAUUUCAAAUGUAUUGUAUAUAUUGUACUUAAAAAUGAAAUUAGAUUAAACGAAUGAAUGCCCUGAA